GGAAAUGUCUGGCAAGUGAUAGGUGGAUAGAUGUGAUAGGGUGAUAUUGGCAGAUGGUCUCAGAUAAAGAAAGAAGAGGAGGAGUGAAAUGUAAAGCCAGAGGGAGGGAUACGGUGGCAGAGGACAAAGGGGGAGAGGAAAGAGAUGAUAAAUGAAAUAUGGAACUUGGUGAUGGGAGAGGAGCACACAGGAGGGAUGGGAGGGGAAAGGAGCAAAAUGACGGGUUGGUGGGUGAAAUGUAGAAGCUUUAGGGUGAGUAGGGCACAGGAAAGAGAGGGGUGAGGAUAAUACAUAAAUAAUUGAGAAUUCAAUGUUCAUGCCAUUGGGUUGUAAUUUACCAAGAAGUUUAUGAGAUGCUGUUCUUCUAGUUUGCAUGUGGUCUCACUCUGGCGUAGGUGAGGCCAAGGAUGCUGUUCGUACCAUUAUCCCAUCCAAGGUUGUCACAAACUUGUGGAACUUGGAGUCAGCAUUCAUCUCUACAACUAGAUCCUCAAUUUUUGACCAACAGACUACAUUCAGUGAGGAUAGGGAUAAUCCUCCACGCUGGUGCUAUGCAAGGAUGCAUUCUCAGCACCCUCAUACACCCACAAGUAGGCGGCCAAGUACAAAUCUAAUUCAACCUGCAAAUUCUCAGGUGACACAGUGAAAGUGAGCUGGAAAUGAAAUAAUCAUGAGACUGAGCAGAGGAAGGAGAUUGAAAACCUCAUGACCUGAGUCAAGACAACAGCCUUUCUCUCGAAGUCAGCAAGACAAAGGAGAUUGUGACCGACUCCAGGAAGAGAAAUUGGUACACAAACACGGGAUGCAUUGCCGAAAUUCACAUUUACUAAAGAUAAAAGAUGGAGACGGGGAACUUGAGAGUAAGGGAUAAAGUUUUGUGACCACGACGAGAAACGUUACGCUCCCAGGCAAUGUAAGUUCCCAGACAUGAACAGGUGCAGAAAACAUCUCAUACUUAUAUGGGAAACAUCUUAUUUUCGGAGAGUUUGGAAUGUUGUGCUGCUAAUUUAGCUGAUCACUUUACAUUUUUGCUGAAAUUGUCUGUUUAACCCUUACACUACACCUUGCUGAUGCAGCGUGAGGUAUAAAUGGAGUGAAUAAAAGGGAGGUUGGCUUGUGUCAUGGUCUGGGCUACGUCCACAAUUUUCUGCAAUUUCUUGCAGUCUUGGAAAGAGUUAUUCUCAAACCAUGCUGUUAUGCAUCCCGAAAAAAAGCUUUCUACAGUGCAUCUGCAGAAAUUGUUGAGAGUUAGUGGGGACAUGCCAAACGUCCUAAGCUUUAUACGGUGUGCUUUCUUGGCCAUUGCUUCAAUAUGGGUGGUCCAGGAGAAGUUAUCAAUGUUAUUGACUCUGAGGAAUUUGAAGCUUUCAGUCAUCUCUACUUCAGCAUCAUCAAUGCACACCAGGGUACUAGUACCGCUCUGCUUGCUGAGGUUGAUCACUAUCUCCUUUGACUUGCUGACAUUGAAAUGUUGUUGUCUGAACACCAGGUCAUGAGGUUCUCAAUCUCCUUCCUGUACUCCGCACAUCAUUAUUUGAUACCCGGACCACAAUGAUGGUGUUGUCUACAAAUGUGUAAAUUGAAUUGGAUUUGUACAUGGCCGCACAGUUGUUGGUGGUACAAGGAGUAAAGAAUGGCGUUGAGAAUGCCUCUGUGUUGAGGAUUGUUGUGUAUGAUAAUUUGUCCCCUUCUGCUCAAAGCAAGCUCAGAAAGUUCUUCAGGUAGGGCCGUAUUAUUUCCAGUGAUGUUACCUGACUUCGCUUUGUCAGUUAUCGUAUUCAAACAUUGUCACAUUUGCGUUUGUCCGAGUGAUUAUACUGUUGUAAGUUUCCAGUGAUGUCCUGUGACAACCUCCCAUUAUCCUACAGUACACUCCAAGUAUAACAUGUACACAACCAUUGUAACCUAAUUCAAGAGACUUGUCUGUGACCACAACAAUCACUGUGGGUACAUGUCUAUUGGUUACAUGGAGAAGAUUUAUGCCAUACGUUGCAUCCAAUAAAAAGAAACAAGACACCUUUCCUCCCACCAUGUCCUGUUCACGCCAACUGCUGUCCCUCCUGGUAUCUCUUCGCUCUCUCUCCCCAACCCCACAUUUUAUACACAUUUACCCUUUAAACUUGAACAAAACAGAAAGCGGUGGAGAAACUCGUGCAACACCUGUGGAGGCAACAGACAGACAACGUUAGGGAUGGGACACGUGCAGACUGAUUGUAGUCGGGGCAGAAAGCUGGAAAAGCGAGGUGGACAUGGGGAAAUGUGAUAGGUGGAUGGAGGUGAUAGGAUGUGAUUGGCAAAUGGUCUCAGUUAACAAAAGAAGAGGUGGUGUGAAAUGUAAAGCCAGAGGGAGGGAUAUGGUGGAAGAGGAAAGAGACGAUAAUAUGGGAAAUAUGGGACUAGGGGAUGGGAUUGGAGCACCCACGAGCGAUGGGAGGGGAAAGGAGCAUCUUGGUGGGAGAUAGUGGGAGAACUGUAGAAACAUUAGGUUGAGAGGGACAUAAGAAAGAGGGGUUUUAAAAUCCAGAGAAAGAAAGGGCCAUUUGGCCCAUCAAUCCCACCCCACUGGAGAUCCUGUGGAUUCCUUCCCACAUCAUGUUCCUACAGGGAUCUCACUCAGCUGUGCCUGGAAAUGCAACAAGCAUCAAGCUGUCCAUUAUCAUUCCAUGUUCCUUCUGAGCAGACUUCACCAGCUCCUUUUUAAAAAGUGGCCAGAUGCUAAAUUGAACCAGUUCCUUACAAAUAGAUUACAAACUUUCAUGAGUCCAUGAUGGAGGGAUCUUGCCAGGCGAUUGGAAAUGGAGAGGAAACAUACCAGAGUGAGUAAAGGAAUUAGUGAGGUGUUCUGGGUCAAUAAUGUUGUUUUUGAAGUAUUCGCCUGAACGUUACAUCUUAAUUGUUCCUGGUGAUAAUAUUCAUUAGACCCUAAUACCAUAAACACAUAAUGGGGCCAUACAUACUUUCAACAGUUUCCAUCCCUCAGUGUUCAGAUACAGUGCCACAUUCUACAGUCACACUUGGAGCUCACAAGACAUUUCUGUGACUUCCUGUUCAUCUUGUUCUAAUCUGUCAGUCAGUGAUUGGUCAGCAGCAGUUUUACAUAGAUUGCUGCAGCCAAUUGAGUUUGAUUCCAUUGGUUCCAAAAGCCUCCAAGAUGCCAGAACUACAUGUAUAUAAGGAUGCAACAGCAUUGGAAACCUCAUCGACACAGAGAGCUGGGAGAGAGAGAGGUGGGAACGGCAGCAGGAUAUGCCCACCUUCACUGUGAAACUUGACACUAAUGAUGAAUUGUUUUCUUGUGUUUCAGGUUCAAGGAAGGAAACAUGAUGCUGAUGUGGGUUUUGGCGCUGACCACACUGCUUGCCAGUGAUGUGGCAGAGACGACCAAUUACUUGGGACAGGAGGAGACUCAGCAUCACCUUGAAAAACGUGAGCUAUUCAAAGGACCGUGUGCUGAAGACUGGUUUUAUUUUCCUUCCUUAAAAUCUUGUCACCGAUUUUUCGCUGUCAAAAAGACAUGGUCAGAUGCUGAGAUGAUGUGCAAUGCCCAAACACAUUAUGCAAAUCUGGCUACUGUGAACUCGCCGGAACAAGACGAAUUCAUUGCCAAAGUGAUUAAUACAGUGAGCAAAAGUAGCACACGCGCUUGGAUUGGCCUAAACGACUUAUGCAAGGAAGGGACUUUCAAAUGGAUCGAUGGAACUCGAUUGGGUUACCAACAUUGGAGUGACACACAACCCGAUAAUCGCUAUGGCCAUGAAGAUUGUGUGAUUCUGAACUAUUUCAAAGAGGGAAGUUGGAAUGAUGUGGAAUGUGGCAGUGGAUAUGGUUUUGUUUGUUAUUACCAUCUGCCUUAAAAGUAGAAGACUCCAGAAUGAUCCCCUCAUCCUUUCCAGCAGUGGAUCCAAUGCUUUGAUUUCUUUGUAGCCGCUCUCACUGUCUGUGGCGACUGUACUCACUGAGCUUCUCAGCCAAUAAUAAAGAGAACUGCAUCAUGAGCUGUGUGUUUGGUGCUGUGUGAGUCCAGUUUCUCGCAGCCUUCCUGUCCCACUGUUGCUUCCUCCCCACCUCUGCACUCAGUGCUGCUCUGAGGAGAAGGCGGCACAGACUUUACACAAUGAACUCUUGUCCUUCGGCCGCACCUGGUGUGUUGGGUCCCGGACACCGCACCUGGGAGAGAAAUAAAGGCUGUGGAGAGGAUACAUGGGGGGUUAGUGGGAUAGUUGCAGGGAGAGAGCUUUCACAGUCUUGUGGGUGAGCUGCAGAAGAUGAACUGGGUCAAGAAUCUCCUCAGAACAUCUGUAAGAAAACCACUUAUGUCUGUUUAUAAAUCAGCUCAACCAGGGUGGUGGUCAAUUUCCCCACAAUUCUGGCCGUCUUGGUAGGUGUCGCGACAUGAUGUGAAGGAAGUCAGGCCUUGCCCAACUCUCCAGUCAAUUUCGUAAGGGAGAGUGAGAGAGAUGGUGGGAGAAACUCAGAAAUUACCCAUUAUUACCUCUUUAAUAAUUGACAACAGCGUCUUUCCCACCACCGAAGUCAGGCUAACUGGUCUGUAAUUCCCCAUUUUCUCCAUCUCGCUCUUUUCUUGAAAAGUGGGAUAACAUUAGCUAUCCUCCAGUCCACAGGAACUGAUCCUGAAUCUAAUGAUCAUUGGAAAAUGUUCACCAAUGCGUCCACUAUUUCUAGAGCCACCUCCGUGAGGACCCUUGGAUGCAGACCAUCCGGCCCCGGGGAUUUAUCAUCCUUCAGUUCCAUUAGCCUACCCAAUUCUAUUUCCCGCCUAAUAAAAAAAAAUUUCAGUUCCUCUACCCCCUUAGAUCCUCUUUCUUCCAGUACUUCUUGAAGAUUAUUUGUGUCUUCCUUAGUGAAGACAGAUCCGAAGUUCCUGUUCAAUUCUUCAGCCAUUUCCUUGUUCCCCAUAAUAAUUUCACCCGUGUCUGCCUUCAAGGGACCCACAUUUGACUUUGCUAUUCUUUUUCCCUUAACUUAUCUAAAUAAACUUUUACUGUCCUUCUUUAUAUUCCUGGCCAGCUUCCCCUCGUACUUCAUCUUUUCAGCCCUUAUUGCCCGAUUUGUUUCCUUCUGUUGUUCUAUGAAAGUUUCCCAAUCAUCCGGCUUCCGGCUACUCUUUGCUGUGUUAUACAUCCUUUCUUUAAGUUUUAUUCUAUCCCUAACUUCUCUUGUCAGCCACAGUUGCCUCCCACUCCCCUUAGAAUCUUUCUUCCUUUUUGGAAUGAAAUGAUCCUGCUUCUUCCGGAUUAUGCCCAGAAAUUCCUGCCAUUGCUGUUCCAUCGUCAUUCCUGCUAGGAUCCCUUUCCAGUCUAUCUUGACCACCUCCCCUCUCAUGCCUUCAUAGUCCCCUUUGUUCAACCACAUCACUGACACUUCUGAUAUAACCUUCUCCUUCUCAAAUUGCAGAUUAAAAUGAAUCAUAUUAUGAUCACUGCCUCCAAGCGGCUUUACCUUUAGUUCUCUUAUCAAAUCUGGUUCAUUGGACAACACUACAUCCAGAAUUGCCUUUUCUCUGGUCGGCUCCAUUACAAGCUGCUCUAACAAUCCAUCUCAGAGGCACGCUACAAACUCUCUUUCUUGGGGUCCUGAACCAACUUGAUUUUCCCAGUCUACCUGCAUAUUGAAAUCCCCCAUCACCACAGUGUCAUUCCCUUUGUUACAUGCCAGUUUUAACUCCAGCUCCAACUUACACCCUACAUCCGGGCUACUAUUUGGGGGUCUGUAGAUAACACCAAUUAGUGUCUUCUUGCCUUUGCAAUUCCUCAACUCAAUCCACAGCGACUCUACCUCAUCAGUCCCUAUGUCUUCCCUCGCAAGGGUUGAAUUCCAUCCUUCACCAGCAGAGCUACUCCCCCCUCUUCUGCCCACCUGCCUGUCCUUUCUAUAGGAUGUAUAACCCUGAAUGUUAAGUUCCCAGGCCCGAUCCUCCUGCAGUCACGUCUCAGUAAUCCCCACUAUGUCAUAUCUACCAACCUCUAACUGAGCCUCAAGCUCAUCUACUUUACUUCUUAUAUUUUGCGAAUUCAUAUACAAUAUUUUAAAUUCCUUGCGCAUCUGGCAUUUCACAUCAAUUCCUAUUUUACUUCGGAGUCACUACUAAAUUAGCUGUUCCAACCACAAAACUAAUAUUUGAGAAAUUGGGGUUUAUCAUUCAUCCAGUUGAAUUUAAGUUGAUACCAACUGGAGUUAUAGAUUGCGAUUUACCUUUAACUCUAUUAAUUAUCCGUGACUCUGCCUUGGGGCAAGAGAUUAGAAUUAAUGAAAGCUUGUAACAAUCUAGUUGUUUAUUCAUCAAGUUGCCAGUGUAAUUGGCAAUUUAGGGGCUGUUAUUUCAGCUGCGCGAUUGGGGCCUUUGCAUCAUCAGAACUUACAUCGUGCAAAGGAGCAAGCUCUCAAGUACCAUGUAGGUCAUUGUUAACAGAUCUAUGCUAUUACCAGUUAAAGCUAUAAAGUCACAAUGAUGAACAAACAGUAUUCAGCAUUGCUCCCGUACUCUUGGUCAUUAAACCUUCAGUUAUUACAAACUGAUGCUAGCGCUCAAAGAUGGGAAAUUACUAUCUCAUCUCUAGUCACAGAGGCGGAUGGGAUGUGCAUGAGUUACCAAUCCCUCAGUUAUAUGGUAUCAACUACCUAAAGUCACUAGGUGCGUUCUAUGGGUUAAAGGCUUAUUGUGCGAAUAUGCAUAUCUGCAUGCUCAACUACAAGUUGACACACUACGUGGUGGCAUAUAUUAAUCACAUGGGUGCAAUCAAGUCAAUACCCUAUGAUAAGUUUAUCUAACCUCAUUUGGCACUGGUGUAUCAUCACGUAAAUCAAUGACAACACAGAAUGGAUGUUGGAUCACAAAGUAUUUAAUGACAUUGUGGAUCGAUGGAACACCAAAUAUUGAUUUGUUUGCAUCUAGUCUCAAUCACCAGUUACAAAAACAUCUGGCAUGGCGGGCAUUCUCAGGGGCAGUGGCGAUGGAUGCAUUCUCUUACACCAGCAAGACUCAGCCUCAGGCUUUUGAUAGUGCCUGUCUGGCCUACACAGCCAUGGGCCCACUCAUACUGGGAAUGAUAACAGAGCCUUUUAUGGCUGUUCCCAAACGCAGAAAUCUGCUGGCUCACCCCGUGACUGGGGAGAACCAUCCUCUGCAUGAGUGAAUCAAAUUGUUGAUUUACAGACUAUGAGAAGACCCUUCCUGGGGUACGGACUGUCAGGUUGUACGGUGGAUGUAAUCACUGCGGCCUGAAGAGAUAGUACCAGGAAACAGCACACCUCCUAUAUCAAGGAAUGGGAAGUAUUCCGUUUACAGUCCAAUAUAUCGUAUGACACGGUACGUAUAACAGAUGUCUUGGAAUUCCUCUCAAAGCUAUAUUUCACAAGAGAUGUAGUGCUAUAAAUUGUGCCGGAAGUGCCUGGUCGUCAUACUUCCUGCAGGGGUCGAGACACCACGCUGUCGGGUCUCGACCUCUGAUAUCCAGAUUUAUGAAGGAUAUCUUCAACUCAAAUUCCCUAGGCCCAGGUACUCGAAGAUAUGGGAUGUUUAUGUCCUGCUGACGCUGCGUCGCCGGUGGGCUCCAGCUACAUCCUUAUCCUCGGUCAAAAUCACUUACAAAGUGGUUAUCCUCAAGGCGCUGGGUUCAGCGCAACGGGUCCAGUCAUUGCAUAAGCUACGACUCAGCCAAACAUUCCCACACUGGCCAACAUGUCCUAGCUACACUAGUUCCACCUGCCUGGGUUUGGCACAGAUGCCCCCCAAACCUGUCCUAUCCAUGUAAUUUUCAACCUUUUUCUGAAACGUUGCGAUAGUACCUGCCUAAACGAUCUUGUCUUGCAGCUCCUUCCAUACACCCACCACCAUUUGUGUGAAAAAGUUACCCAUCACAUUCCUAUUAAAUAUUUUCACAUUCACCUUAAGCCUAUGUCCUCUGGUCCUCAAUUCCCAUACUUUGGGAAUAAGGCUUGGUGCACCUACCUGAUCUAUUCCUCUCAUGAUUUUAUACACCUCUAUAAGAUCACCCCUCAUCCUACUGCACUCCAAGGAAUAAAAUCCCAGCCUACUCAACUUCUCCCUAUAGCUCAUACCCUCGAGUCCUGGCAACAUCCUCAUGAAUCGUCUCUGUACCCUUUUCAGUUUGACAGCAUCUUUCCUGUAACAUGGUGCACAGAACUGAACACAAUACGAUAAUAUGCAAUACUCACCAACAUCUUACAUAACAGCAACAUGGCCUCCCAACAUCUAUACUCAACACUCUGACUGAUGAAGGCCAAUGUGUCAAAAAUCCUUUUAACUGCCCUAGCUGUGACUCCACAUUCAAGGAGCCAUGUACCUGCACUUGUAGAUCCAUUUUCUGUAUAACACUCCCCAUAGUCCUACCAUUCACUGUGUAGGUCCCAAAAUGUAACACUUCACAUUUCUCUGUAUUAAAUUCCAUCAACCAUUCCUCAACCCACCUGGCCAUCUGAUAAAGAUCUUGCUGCAAUUUUUCACAACUAUCUUCACGAUCUGCAAUACCACCCACUUUUGUAUCAUCUGCAAUCUUGCUAAUUUUGCCAUGUAUGUUCUCAUCCAAAUCAUUGAUAUAGAUGACAAACAGAAAUAGCCCCAGCACUGAGCCCUAAGGCACACUACUUAUGCUUCCAGCCUGAGAAGCAACCUUCCACCAUCACCCUCUGCUUCCUUCCAUUAAGCCAUUUUCUAUCCAUUCAGCUAUCUACCAUGUGAAAUCUACCUUGCCAAGGUCCAUAGAAACAACAUCUACAGUUCUGUUCUCAUCAACCUUUUUGGUCACAUUUUCAAAAAACAGGCAGAUUUAAGAGACCUGAUCCCCCAUGUACAAAACCAUGUUGCCUAUCCCAAAUCAGCUCUGACCUUUCUCAAUGAAUGUUUUUCAUAUCUCUCAGAAUACACUCUAAUAACUUUACAACUACAAAUAUUAAGCUCACUGGCCUAUAGUUCCCAGCAUUAUCCCUGCCGCUCUUCUUAAAUAGUGACACAACAUUUACCUCCCUCCAUUCAUCCAGCACCUCUCCUGUAUUCAAUGACAAUUCAUAAAUUUCAACCACGACUCCCACAAUUUCCUGAGGAGAGGAGAAAUAUUCAUUGUCCUGUACCUCUCCCCGAGAUCACCUGCAAUCUUUUCUAAUUUCCAGACAGUUUAGUCUAAUAUUCCUCCAUCUCUCUUCAGUGGACACUUCCCUAAUUCUAAACAUCCAUCUAGUAAAUCAACGCUGCACAGGCACAGAUUCCAAGGCAAAUAUUUCCUCCCUUAGGUACGGAGAACAAAACACGAGAUGAAAAUUCAUGGAGUU